GGUUACGUAACUUACUUUUGCACGUGCACUUUACCGUCGCUGUUGUUCGUGCUGAGACCGAUCCAAACAGUCAAAAGACAAAGUUUGACUCUUCUUGUAGCUUCUUUAGAUUUUUGACCUAAGAUGGCUUCAGUUCAAUUGGGAGAAGGUGAAAAGACAUUUAUAAUACAUGGAAUUAAGGAUGACCUGCGGUCGGAUGGGAGGACAUGCCUGUCUUAUCGAAACUUUGAAUUGGAAUGUGGAGUAGUGUCCAACACAAGUGGAUCUGCAAGAUUGAAGCUUUCAAACACACAGGUUUUAGUUGGUGUUAAAGCUGAAAUGGGACCACCUAAUCAAUUAAAUCCUUCCCGCGGCACAAUAGAAUUCUUUGUAGACUUCUCAGCCAACGCAUCACCCAAAUUUGCCGGGCGGGGCGGAGAUGAGCUGGCAGGAGAGAUAUCCAACAUGCUCGGGCUUGUCUACAAAAAUGAAAAGAUGUUGGACUACAAAUCAUUGUGUGUUAUAGCUGGUCAAUGUGUAUGGACACUCUAUGCUGAUAUAGUUGUGCUGGAAUGUGGAGGAAAUCUCUUCGAUGCUAUUGCUCUUGCAGUUAAAGCAGCUCUCUAUAAUACAAGGAUACCCUUGGUGACCGUACAGAAAGACAUGGAUGGGACUGAAGACAUUGAGGUUUCUAGUAACCCUCAUGAUUUCAUCACAUUGGACACCAAGAAUCUACCUGUACUAGUCACAGUCACUAAGUUUGACUCUGGUCACAUCGUAGAUGCAACACUUGAAGAAGAGGCAUGCAGCAUGGCCUGCAUAGUUGCAGCUGUCAACAAAGAGGGCGCCAUAGAUGGUAUAAUGAAGAAAGGUUCGGGAAGUCUGACGAUAGACAGUAUUCAUGAGAUGCUUGAUUCAGCCAAGCAGAUUGGUAAAGACCUGAACAUGAGCCUUGAUGUGUUCUUGUCAAAGAAAGGAAGAGAGAUGUCAAGCAAAGGAUUCCUCUCAUGAUGGAACUUUGAUACAGUAGUCCAUUGAACUUUAAAACUCCAAGCCAAGCAGAUGGGAUGAGUUUGGAAAAUCUUCUUGUUGAAGAAUAGAGAGAUGCCAAGCAUUGGAUUCCUCUCAUGAUGAAAUAAUGACCUUAGAACUUUGACCCCUAAGCCAAGCAGAUAGGACGAGCUUUGAAAGUUUUCCCGUGUAAGAAAGGAAAAAAUGUCAAGCAAAGGACUUAUCUCGUGGAAUAACAACCUUUGAACUUGACACCGAGUCCAUUGAACUCUGAACUCCAAGCCAAGCAGACGAGCUUUAAAUUUUUAUUUUCUAAGAAAGAGAGGGAGCUGAGCAUUGGAUUACUCAUAUGAUGAACUUUUGACUCAGUUUAUUCAUGGACCUAUGUUGAAUUUUAGCUGAGUAGAUUUGGAAGGACCUGAAUAUGCCUUUUAUGCUUUUUGUACUGUAUUUUCCUAGACUAUAAUGUAUUAAUGUAGUGUUUCAUAUUUGUACCAAGAAAAUAGACAAAUAUGAGUACGCAUUUAUCUACGAUUUUGUUCAUAGAAAUUUUCUUUCAUUUGAAAGUCAGGGUGAUAGUUUUUUAAAAAAGUGAGAUUUUUUUGUGUUUUGGGUAAAAAAAUUGGCACAUACACUGUUAUCUGCUUCAUUAUGAAUAGCAGUAAUUAAUGCACAAUGUCAGCAUUCAAUAUGAAAGGAAAUAUAUCAAUAAGAAUAUUGAUAGGCUUCAUGACAGUAUGAGUGUCUUAAUUUGCUGAGAUAGAGUGCAAAUAUGCCAAAAUGUAUUACUCGAUAUUGCACUAAAACAAGAUUUAAAAGCAAGAUUGAUGGCAAGUCAUUUAGGAUAAUACAAUUUUGAUCAGCCUCUCGCAUCGCUUUUGUUUGUGUGACUAACACACUGUACUGUACUUAUUAUGCGUGGCAAUGGAAAUGUACCUGAUUUUGAUGAAUAUUAUGGCAAAACAGGCGUUUCUGUUACAUUGUAAAGCAAGUUUCAUUUUAAUGAAACCUCUUGGAAAAGUUAAAAGAUAUAUUGCACUGCAGGUUACAUAAGAUGAUGUUCUGGCACAUUCCUGAAAGGAGCUGUUGAAGGUACAACAGCCCUAUCGGUAUUUUGUCUCUAUAUAUCAUGCUUUUGGGGCCCCUAAUGUGUCUUUCCUCAGGACAAGGAUUACGUUUCUCUACAUACAAAUUAUUCUCUGCUUAUAGCCUAGUCUUGUAAACCUUGCUUGUUUCAAAAUAUGGAUGAAUUUGGAUAGUUAACUUGUAUGCAGUUGAAAUGAUGGUGUAUGUAUUCUAAUUUAUUUUGAAGAUCGGGCUAAGCAGAAAAUAUUUUGAUCUAGGCAAACGUAUGUAACACUCAGCCUCAUGGACCAUCGGCCUCAUUGACCCCCCCCCCCCCCUAAUUUUGAUUUGUGAUUCUAUCCUAAGGAGUUCGAUUGAAUGCACCCUAAAUAAUAAUCACCAAUAAAACAUUGUAAAUUUACAAAUUGUUAAUGUCUUUAUAAAUUUUCAAGUAUAUCACA